AUGACACGUUAUAUGCAAACGUUGGCAUGUCGAUUUCAUCCUGAUGCUCCACUUAUCGAAGAUUACAGAGCAGGUGAUAUGAUCUGUCCAAUGUGCGGUCUUGUCGUAGGCGAACGAAUGGUCGAUGUCAGUGAACGCUGGCCUACGUCUCAAGAUAGUGCAGACGCAAAAGAUAGGAGUCGUGUUGGUGCUGCUGAAAAUCUAUUGUACGGUUCUACAGAUCUUGCAACUACGACCACGACAGCAAAUACUAAAGGAUCACUAAAAGAUUCUGGGAGACAAAUAGGUAGCAGAAUGAUUAGUCAAAUAUCACCUGCAGAUAAAACACUACGAGACACUCACCGUAAGAUUCAAUCUGCAGCUGCAGCCAUGGGUUUAACAAAAAGAGUUAUUGACCAAGCAUUUAUAACAUUUAAACAGUGCUUCGAAAACAAAUGUUUACGUGGUCGCCCAGAAAAUGUGAUCAUUAGCUCAUGCAUUUAUACAGCCUGUCGACAACAAGGUUCACCUCGAACAGUUAAAGAAAUCGCUGAGCACUCAAAAGUAACGUCGAAAGAAAUCGGUCGAUGCUAUUUAAAAAUCAAAGGAUCCUUAGCAAAUUCAUCUUCAGUUCAACAGAUUGAUAUAAAGGAUUUGGUGCCUCGCUUUUGCAAUGAGCUUGCACUUGAACAAAAAAUACUUAUACGGAAAGCAGUUACUCAUAUUGUCCAACGUGCUACUGAAAUUUGUAAUAUUCAAGGUCGAUCACCAACUUCUAUUGUUAGCGGGGCGAUUUAUUUGGCCUGUUCCGCUGCAAAUGAAAACAUAACAAAAAAAGAUAUUGAAAAAGCCACUGGUGCUUCACCAAGUACCAUCGGAAUCAUAUAUAAACUUAUGUUACCGAAUGCUGCGAAAUUAUUUCCUCAUGACUUUGUAUUUAAACGUCCAGUCGCUGAAUUACCAAGGUGCAAUAUUGGUGAUACUCAUCGAUUAAUGGGUGAUUAUGAAAAGGCACUUUGUUUUCUUCAAAAAGCGUUAAGUAUUCAAGAGAAUGUAAAAUAUAUUCCUCUUGGUUGUGCCACAACAUAUGCAAAUUUAGGUGAAACAUAUAGCGACAUGAAAGAUUAUUCAAUGGCACUGAUAUAUUUUCAAAAAGGACUGAAAAUUCGAGAAGAAAAACUACCAAACAACCAGCCUGAUUUAGCUAUAAUCUAUCAUAAUAUAGGAAAAUAUGAUAUGGCACUGAAAUAUGUGGAGAAAGUGGUCGAUAUUGGACAAGAAAGAUUACCUCCAGGUCAUCCUCAUCUAAUUGAGUAUAAAGAAACGCUUGAAAAAUGUCUCCUUUCUCAUCUUUGUGCACUAUAUAUUGCUGUGAUCAUUUUUCAUAAUCUUACGUAUGAACGUGCCCAAGAAGACUAA